AUGAGCCCCGAAAGUCCGCACCAGUGGAGCCGGAUAGUGGGGGACAACUGGGUAUGGAUUGCAGUCUUGUCCUUUCUCGCCACUUUCCCGGUGCAACAACUUGCUUUCCCGUCCUCACUCAGCGACUGUCAGACUCCGACACUGGAUGGAAUUGCUCGGGCUAAGAUGAUCAAGAAGUCCGUUGAAGGGAAUAAGGGGAUGAUGACCGGGACACAGAUCUUUCCUUUGUACACCACCCCUUGCCCGUUGUGCGAGUCUCCGAAUUGGGGAAUCCUAACCUUCUAUGCCCCUCCAGGUAAGACGGAUGCCGCCUCGCUCAUUCCGGUUACAGAAUUAUGUCUGUCCUCUGUCUCUCCAUCUAUUUAUGAAUGUUUGUGUCGGAGAAAGGGACGGACUGUUAUUGCCUGCUCAUCUCGAACCCUUAGUAAUAUUUGUCAGACCUUUGGUAGCUUAUGCUGUCUUGUCUUGUCUUUAUGUAUCCAAGCAGGGAACGAGGGUUCGGCGGAGAAUGGACAGAAGGAGACGUCCACCUGUGACAUUUGCCAGUUUGGGGCCGAGUGUGAUGUGGAUGCUGAAGAUGUCUGGUGCGUCUGUAACAUCGACUGCUCCCACAUCAGUUUUAACCCCGUGUGCGCAUCAGACGGCCGUUCCUAUGACAACCCCUGCCAGGUAAAAGAGGCAUCGUGUCAGCGGCAGGAACGAAUCGAGGUCAAAUUCCUAGGUCACUGUCAGGGCGACAUGAUUACAGGCACCAAAGCAGGAGAUGGACAGUAUGCCAGGACAGACUAUACAGAGGAGAAGCCUGAGGUUUCAGAGGUGGCGAGAGGGCUGUACAUCCCCUGCCCUGAGCACUAUAAGAACUAUUGUGUUCACGGAGACUGUGAAUAUCCCAACAUGCUCUCAACACCGUCCUGCAGCUGUCACUCAGGAUUCAGCGGUCCCCAGUGUGACACUAAAGAGUAUAAUGUGCUGUACGUGGUCCCUGGCUCUGGAAAGCUCCGCUAUGUCCUCAUUGCGUCUGUCAUUGGGACUCUGCAGGUGGCCAUCAUAUGUGUAGUGGUGCUGUGUAUCACCCGGAAGUGCCCACGGACCAACAGAAUCAACCGACAGAAGCAGAACACAAUGCACUACAACUCUGAAAACACCCUGCGCGCCUCCACCCGCCUCAUUUGAGCCCGUGAGCAGAGAAUCAUGGGAAAUGUAGUUUGGACAGAGGACAGAAAAGAAGAAACUCACUCUCCGUCCCCAUAGAGACACUGCAUUCUGCUGGAUGAUGGGAUGGAGGGACGGAGGAUGACGGUGCAGAUAUAACGGAGGACGAUGGGUUCUACACACGAUGCCUUGCACCUGUGGCACAGGA